CGAAAUAAGGAAAACCAUCAACUGAUUAGUGAGACUAAUGUUUCAAUGUUUCACUUUGAAUCGUUUAGUUGAAAGAGUUUAUGAGACUUAAAUUGCUUAAACCUCUACUUUAUAGCUUUGAUAUACUUCAAUUUGUACGUGUACACUUGGACGUAGGGGUGGUCAAGUCAUCUUCCCGAGUAAUCAAAGUAGGAGGUGAGCCCUCAAACAUGAAAAUGAGUCUCCUUCGAUUUCUGAAUUUUUUGUCAAAAACCCACAGAAAACCCAUUGCUGCAGCUCUUUUCACACGAUCACUCACUACCUACUCAAAGCAAUCCAUCGAACGUCGAAUUUUCAAUCGUAACUCACUUCCAGGCCAUGAAACCUCAUUUGGGUAUUCCUCAACUCUUCACCGUAUCAUCUAUAGAUCGAUCCAUGAGGAUUUAACGCCGAAACAUUUGUCUGUCGAACACUAUGAAAAGAACCCUGCAGAAACCAAACUCGAACAAGAUGCUGCUAGAAUUUGCACACUCCUCUCCACCCACUCUGGUUCUCAUGCCGAUAAAUUGCUCGAAGAUGCUUCAAUUAAAGUUUCUCCUUCACUUGUUGUAGAGGUUUUGAAGAGGCUAAGCAAUGCGGGUGUCAUUGCUUUGUCAUUUUUUACAUGGGCAGAGAAGCAAAAAGGGUUUAAAUAUAACACAGAAAGCUACAAUGCUUUGAUUGAAGCUUUGGGUAAGAUUAAGCAGUUCAAAUUAAUAUGGAGUUUGGUGAAUGAAAUGAAGAGGAGAAAAUUACUGAAUAAAGAUACUUUUGCAUUGAUCUCAAGGCGGCACGCAAGAGCCCGGAAGGUUGAAGAGGCUAUAGAGGCUUUUGAGAGGAUGGAGGAGUUCGGUUUCAAGCUUGAAACAUCGGAUUUCAAUAGAUUACUUGAUACUCUGUGUAAGUCCAGACAUGUUGAGAAAGCAAACAAAGUGUUUGAUAAAAUGAAAAAGAGAAGGUUUGUUCCCGAUAUAAAGUCUUACACGAUUUUGUUGGAAGGGUGGGGAAAAGAACACAACUUGUUGAGGUUAGACGAGGUUUACCUAGAGAUGAAAUAUGACGGUUUCGAGCCAGAUGUUGUGACUUAUGGUAUUUUGAUCAGUGCGUAUUGUAAGGCGAAGAAGUAUGAUGCAGCCAUCGAGUUAUUUCAUGAGAUGGAGGCAAAGAAUUGCAAGCCAACACCCCAUGUUUAUUGUACUUUGAUUAAUGGAUUAGGUUCAGAGAAGAGGUUAAGUGAAGCUCUGGAGUUUUUUGAACGUUUCAAGAGUUGCGGUUUUACUCCAGAAGCACCUACUUAUAAUUCCCUUGUUGGGGCUUAUUGUUGGUCAAUGCGAAUAGAUGAUGCAUUUCAAGUGAUAGAUGAAAUGAGAAAACAUUCGGCUGGUCCGAAUUCGAGAACUUACGAUAUAAUUCUUCAUCACUUAAUAAAGGCUCGGAGGACGAAUGAGGCUUACUUUAGAUUCCAGAAAAUGUUGAAUGAGCCGGGCUGUGAGCCAACUGUGAGUACUUACGAAAUUAUAGUAAGGAUGUUCUGCAACGAGGAUCGAGUGGAUUUGGCAAAGCAGGUUUGGGAUCAGAUGAAGGCCAAGGGAGUGCUUCCAGGGAUGCAUAUGUACUCUGAUUUAAUUACCAGCUUGUGUCACAAGAACAAGUUAGGUGAAGCUUGCAAAUAUUUUCAGGAAAUGUUGGAUGCGGGUAUUCGACCUCCGGCCAAGAUGUUUAGUAAUCUGAAACAGGCUCUACUUGGUGAGGGGAAGAAGGAUGAAGCUUUAAAUUUGGCUCGGAAAAUCAAUAAGCUGAGGGGAACUCCGUUAGUUGUUAGAGACCAGAAGUGAGAAAGAAUGUGAGCUAUAUGCUGGUGCCCUUCAGGUUCAUACAGCACCUUCAAUGUUAUCAUCUUUUCCUAGUGACAGAAUCUGGGCUACUAUUUGGUAUCUGGUAGCUUUGAUAAGAAUCAAAACGUGCGACUUUGUGGCAAUUUCUUUUAUUCUUCAAUAUUAGACCCCAUUUCAUUAAAUGUAUGUUUCUUUAAGGAUUAUAUUGAAAACUAAAAUUCAUGCAUUAAUUACUUAAUCAAAUUCAGAUGUAGCCUUAUUUGAUUUUAA